AUGUUUGGUUGGUUGAAGAAGGAUUCUAAUGAUACAGGUGUUGGGCAGGAUUUUGUACAUGUGAUAUCUCCUCUUGAUGAUAUAAAAAGCGCUUUAAAUGAAGCUAUAGCAGGCAAGUAUUCAAAAUUAGAUGAGGUUGUAAAGAAUAUUGCAAACUAUAAAGACCAAUUUGUUGUGUUGGAGACUGAAAGCUUCAUGAAUUUCUAUAAACAACAACUUCAUUUAGUUUUAACAGGAAGUUAUCUAUAUAAUAUAUUUUUUCCAUAUAACCUUAAUCAAGAAAAGUUAGUACAUAAGUAUCGUAUAAGCGAACUUGUAUUACUAGCAAUUGCAGCUAACGAUCAGCUUGCUGAAAAAUACCAUGAG